GAUACACGCAUGCAUUGAACAUUACACAAAGACAAGAGCGUCUAGCAUGAUCUAGACGGGUAAACUAGGAUGCCGUGUGGACACCAGGGCGAAUCCUGAGUUCCUCCCCUUUCCAUCUCAGAUCUACCUGAAAGGCUACAUCAAUCUCAACGAUCAAAGCCUCCGACUCUCGGGGCCGUGCUCGCCGUUUUAUUGUCAACAUCUUGACGGUGGAACUGUCCCGAAUAUCGCGAUGGGGGGCAGAAACCUUCUCCUUUGCUUCGACGCCUUUGGAACCCUGUUCGUCCCCAGGCGGCCGAUCGCAGAGCAGUACGCAAUAGUAGCGCGGCAAUGCGGCCUCGACGGCCUCAGCACCGAACAAGUCCAGGCGUCCUUCAAAGCUGCCUUUUCGGGAGAGUUAAGAGCACAUCCCAACUACGGCAGAGCCAGCAACAUGGGUGCCGAGCACUGGUGGACUAAUGUCAUUCAAAAGACUUUCCAACCACUCGUCGGGUCAAUCAGGGAGGUACCCAAGGAUCUCGCGCCCAGGUUGCUGCACCGCUUUUCCUCCAACGAGGGCUACACCCUCCAUCCCGGUGUCGACACCCUCCUACGAUCCCUCAAGCAUCAUCACCAUCACCACCAGCACCACCACCAACAACAGCACGGCUCCCACCGAGUGGUAGUAGGCGUAAUCACCAACUCAGACGACCGCGUGCCCAACAUCCUCUCCUCCCUCGGUCUCCGCGUCAGUCCCCUGCGCUUCGGCCGCCCCUUCAACCCUGCCAAAGUGGCCAAUCAGCACGAGUUCGACAUUGACCUGCACUGCAUGUCCUAUGACGUCGGGUACGCGAAGCCAGACAAGAGGAUAUUCGAUGCCGCCGAGGGCCUGGCAGUUCAGCUGGUUGCAGCACACACGAGCAACACCAUUAGUAGUACAGCGCGAUGGCUGAGAAUCCAUGUAGGCGACGAGUACGAGAAGGAUGUGAUCGGGGCGCGGGCAGCUGGAUGGCACUCUGCCUUGAUCGGUGCAAAUGAAAAUGUCCUCCGAAUCUCUGGUCAGGAGAGCAUCUUAGGCUUGGACGAGCUUGGAGGGAGGUCGAUCGAAGAGGCCUUCCCCAAGAACGGUCCGCCGUCGACAAUACUGUCAGAGAGCACACAGAAACUGCUGGAGUGGCUUGUGAAGUUGUCUGCUGCGGAACUGGAUGGCUGAGGCUGCGAGCAAUAUCGAGUGGGAUUGUGUCAACUCCAGGGUAUGUAAAACUACUGCGUUACUGUAUAGUAGUAUAAUCAAGAACUUCGCCAGCCAAACAACGGCACGGCAAACCAGA